AUGCUUAUUUGUCUAUCAAUAAUAACCGAUAAGGAAGCGAUUUCAACGUUAAAUGCCUUACAAACAAACCAAUCAUCAUUAAGAUCAACUGAUCAACGUGGAAAAUCAAUACACAAUAUUCUACGUUAUUUGUCAUUUCUGAACGUUCAGUUGGAUCAAAUCGAUAAACUUAACAUAAUCCAUGUAGCAGGUACAAAAGGAAAAGGAUCAACAUGUGCAUUUGCAGAAUCAAUUUUACGACAAUAUGGUUAUAAAACUGGAUUUUUUAGUUCGCCACAUUUAAUUGAAGCACGUGAACGUAUUCGAAUUAAUGGGGAAUUAUUAUCAAAAGAAAAAUUUGUUGAUUAUUUUUGGCAAUGUUAUAAUGUUAUUCAUGAUGGCGUUCAAAACUCAACUGAUGAAGUAAGUUGA